AUGGGUUCUAUAGAGGCUCUUAAGAAGGAGAAUGUGAGCGUUAUCAGAGCAAUUUCCAUGCAUGUAGACAUAGCUGCGAGGAUACUCUUUCCCAAUGAGAAGAUACUUUUCUAUUGUGUCUUUAGUUGCUCCAUUUCCUUUGGGGAGUUUCAUUUCAGGGAAUUUUGCACUGAAUUGGCUACUAGUCUGCUGAACUCUGCCUUUGCCUUGGGAACUUGGAGCCAUUUCAUCUGCAACACAUUGCAGGAGUUGAUACAAGAGUUUGAAUCAUGUACAUUCAUAAAUAUUGUAGUGCAGCUGAUAAGGCAAAGAUUGUCCAUUUACGAGGCUUUGGAAGAUAUAUCACUCAGUGGUGAGAUUCAUUCUAUUACCCUUGAAGUGAUGAUGAUAGAGCUUUUAGAGAGCAGUUUGGUAGCCAACUCCAAAAAUUACAAAAACCCUUCUUUGGGUUAUGUUUUCAUCAUGAACAACUGGAGAUUCAUUGAAGUAGAGACAAAACUAAAUGGACUGAGACUUUCUUUUGGGGAUGACUGGCUUCACAAAAACACUACAAAGUUCCAAGAUAACCUUGAGCUCUGUCUAAGAAGCUCAUGGAAUAAGAUUUUGAACCUUUUGAAGGUAGACAUCAAUCAACUAGAGCCGAGUGUUGCAGCCAAGUUGAUGAAAGACAACCUUUAUUGGUUCAACGAACAUUUUGAUGAGACAUGCAACAUUCAGUCUGCAUGGUGUGUCUGUGAUGAGGAGUUAAGGGAGCAAAUAAUAAAAUCCAUAGAAAACAUCCUGUUGCGAACUAUGGAAGUUUCCUUGGGAGAUUUGAGGAACUUGUUGGGAAGCAUGCUUAUAAGUACAUUAAGUAUGGAAUAUUUGAGGUUCAAGAUCAACUCAACAAAUUGUUUCUUGUACGGGAGUAGAUGA